CGGUAGUACUCGGUCCGUCAUUCUUAAGUCUUCCGGGUGUCCGUCAUCAUGGCUGUGCCUGCUGGAAGGUCUGUGGUUUUCGUGACUGGAAACGCCAAAAAACUAGAAGAGGUCAUUCAGAUCCUCGGAGACAAGUUUCCCUACAAACUAAUCUCAAAAAAGAUUGACUUGCCUGAAUACCAGGGAGAGCCAGAUGAAAUUUCCAUACAGAAGUGUAAAGAGGCUGCACGUCAGGUUGAUGGCCCUGUCAUAGUGGAGGACACCUGUCUGUGUUUCAAGGCGUUGGGAGGCUUGCCUGGUCCUUAUAUAAAAUGGUUCCUGGAUAAACUCAAACCAGAAGGCUUGUACAAACUUCUUGCUGGGUUUGAGGAUAAAUCAGCGUGGGCUCUCUGCACGUUUGCAUUCACUGGUGGGAAAGACGAACCGGUAGAGCUCUUCAGAGGGAUAACACAGGGGCACAUUGUGGAACCCAGGGGACCUCGAGACUUUGGAUGGGAUCCCUGUUUCCAGCCAGAGGGAUAUGACAAAACCUAUGCUGAACUGCCCAAAGAGGUGAAGAACACAAUCUCUCACCGCUACAGGGCGCUGGCUGCCAUGGCUGAGCACUUCUCACCACAGAGCAAGAGGAAGAAGCUGGAGCAUUGAGUUGUUAUUUUAGGCCAACUUCAGGCUCUGGAGCAGAAUAUAUUAAACCUCACUUCAUCAGAUAUAAUGAUACAGAACAUGACGGUUGUGACAGAUAACAGAUGUGUGAUCACAACAUCUAGUUAUAGAGUCUGUAGUAAAAAAGGUGCUGUAUAAUAUCUGUUUUCUGUUGCGUAUUUUUAAUAAACUUUUUGUUAAUUUGUAAACAAA